UUUAACGUUUUUUAAGCUUCUUUAAUAGGAAAUUCGUUCAUUUUAUGCAAAUAUUUUUUAUUAUUGCUAUUAACGAAGAGACUAAUAUGAUUGAAAACGAUACAUAAAUAAUUAAUAAUCAACAUUAGACAAGCUUUAAAUUAUUUAUCAUCCUCCAUUUGAAAAUAUUCCAUUUGUAGUUGUUAAAGCUCUUGUAUAUACCUCCUACAUGUAUAUUCUUCACUUUAGUCUUUAAUAACUCUCUGAAGGUUAUUAAUCGACUAAUAAUUUCAAUCUAAUAGUUUAACAUGUUAAUUUCUCAGUUGUUUGAUAGCAUAUCUAUUGUUGGAUUAAAUAUUGUUCUUUCUAAGAAUGUGUCAACUAUAAGAAGACUAGUGUGGUUUUCUUUAAUUCUAUUCUCAACUGGGUUUCUCUGCUAUCAAAUAACUGAUAGAAUUAAAUAUUAUAUGAAGUAUGAUACAGUAACAAAGAUUCAAGUGAUAGAGCAUGAUUCUUUGUCGUUUCCAUUAGUUACCAUCUGUAACGAAAAUCGCAUUGCUUCUUCAAAAGCGGUGAAAAAAAAUUUACAUGGAAUAUUUUAUAAAUUAUGGAGCCCUAUAAAGAACUAUGUAGACGACACUUCGGUAUUUAAUUAUACAGAAGAAGAACUUACAUUUAUAAAGAAUGUUAAAGAAGAUUGGAAUGUUAUUUACAAAGAAUUAUCAUUUAAUAUGCAAGAUAUAGUAGGAGAAGUAAGCUUUUCUUAUUUUAUAGUAAAUAUACAGUUAUAUAACAUAUAGUGUCAACUAUCUUUUAAGUGCCUAUAUAAAGGACAAAAUUGUUCAUCAUACUUUAAAUAUGUUGCUACAAACAUGGGCUGGUGUAUUCAGUUCGAUGCCACUAAUUUACCCAAAGUAUCAAACGUAGGAGUUGAUGACGGAUUAAAUAUGAGAUUAGCUGUUCAUCAAGAUGAAUAUUUAGCCCCCAAUUCACCUGGAGCUGGUUAUAGGAUUCUUGUUCACGAAAAAGAUGAAAUCCCUCUUAUGAUAGAACAAUCUUUAUCAAUAGGUCCUGGACAAAUAUACUCGAUGGAGGCAACAAAAAAGUCUAUAAGUGCCCUACCAUCGCCGUACGGAACUUGCCAAGAUGACAUCACAUACAAAAGGAGAUAUUGUUUAUUACACUGUCUUAGCCAGUUUGUCGUCAAAAGCUGUAAAUGUCGUCAAAUCUAUAUGACAACCAAUGCCAGCGUGUGCUCCCCGAUUGGUAUCUUAUGCGCAGAACGUGCUGUCGAUAAAUUUAUGGAAACUGAACUGCAUAAAGAUUGUGCUUGCAAAUCGGAAUGCAAAACUGUACAAUAUGAAGUGUUCACGACGCACGCAAGAGCAAGUACAUUUUACGCACAAGCCAUCGCCGAAUACCAUAAAAUAUCUGAAAGAGAACUUUUUGACAAUUACUGUACUGUGGUCAUUUUUUUCUCAAAACUAACAACAAUGGAUUCGAAAGAACAUCCCGCUUAUAAUGUAUUAGCAUUAUUCUGUGAUAUCGGUGGAGCUUUUGGAUUGAUGCUUGGAGCAACCAUUUUAACAAUUUUUGAAUUAAGUGAUGCAUUCAUGAAAACAAUAAUUUUAUGGGUUCGACAACGUAAACAUAAGGUAAAACCUUUAAGAAUUACAGAAAUGUUAAAGCUUGAAUCUACAAAAUCAUAAAUAAACUCAUUGGUUUUGAAUACUAGGCAAAAGAGAAAUUUCAUUACACCAUUCCAUGUUUACAAUAAAUCAUAGUCUAUGUUUCGGAAAAGUUAUUCCCUGUGUAGAAUUAAUACUUUCUCAAUCGAUAAUCCCAUUUUCUUGAAUAUUGUUUACACAAAUCGCUGAAUUCUUGAUUCUUAGCUUAAUAUAAACAAACUAUUAAUAAAAUAUGAAAAAAGGAAAGGAAAAGCAUAUUAGACUCUUUAUUUGAUCAUGCCUUCUAUGGCGGAGAGAAAUUGACUUUUUCCCUUUAAAGACUAUUACAAUAUUUGCGAUUCUUUCUUCCUUUUCAUUAAAAUUUAAUUUCUUUUCUCUGCCUUAGUAUGCCGCUGGUAUUGUUUACGGAGAGACCGGUAAAUAGUGCAACUAAAAGUAGGACUACGUUGCCUGUUGCUAUACUAUAAGCAAUAGAA